AUGGCCAGCCCGCUCGACGUGAAGCGCCUGCACGGCCUGUACCAGGUCAUCGGCCAUGUCGGCAGCGUCGAGCUCGACCACCCGCUCGUCUGCCUCGCCCAGGUCGAGCGUCGCCCGUCCUCGUCUCGCUCUGGUUCUCCCGACCCGCUCCACCUCGGCGACAUCGAGUGGGUCGUAGCCCUCGGCACCCAGAAGACCUCAACCGCCGCACCGGCGACCAAGCGCCGCAAGAAGCAGGGCACUGUCGACGUCUGGUGGGAGGCUCGCCUGUGUGGUCGCGAGGUCGACGACCUCUUCCAGCAGGUCCCAAGCGCCGCCGUCAAGCCCGAGGUCAUGCCGGCGAGGGUGCGAGAGUGCUGGAGCGCAGGAGGACUCGCCGUGAGCGGCUACAUCGAGGGCGAGGAGCCUCGCGGGGGCAUCGAGCUCGUCAUGCAGAUCACGCCGACCCUGCCCCUCACUCUCGUCCUCACGCCGUGCGACGACCCGCCUUUCUCGAUGACCGACAUCCUCAGCCACAUGAUCAACCCGUUCCUGUCGGCCACUCAGCACCGAGUCGACGCCGCCAACUCGCUCAAGCAGCUCGAGCGCCUCAACGCCGAGCACGACAAGGUCUGCAAGCUGCUCGAGAUUGAGCGCGACGCCAGCAAGCGGCAGCGGCGCGUGCCCGGGACGCAGCUGCGCCACUUUUCGGGCGACUCGGCGAGCGGUCCAAGCGGCGGCGCGCCGUUCGGGCGCAGGAGGAGCAGCCAGGAGCAGAGCCAGGGGGCGAGCCAGGGGUCGGUGCUCGGCGGUGGGACGCCGCAGAGCCCGACCGAGGAGCGCGACCUGUCGCUCAGCCCGAGCAAGGUCAUCCCGGGAGUGACACACCGAGGCGUCCUCAAGCCCGGCGACCCGGGCUACGCCGGUAGCUCGCGCCGGAUCGGCCGCGUCGUCGAGGACACGCCCUGGGACGAGGAACCGCCGACCGACUCGGACUAG